GUUGGGUGGGACUAUAUCUGCAUACAAGAUAGUGCCAGACGAAAUAGAAGAAAUCAAGCAGAGAGAAUGAGAAUUUUAUGAUUGAGGUUAUGUAAUACAACAGAUGUUAUUCAUAUGAAAUAAGGCACUACUGGAAGACGCUAAGACACAAUAGCAGUAUGGUUGUGCAUUUAAGAGGAACUGAAGUGGUGGCGGAUGCACUCUGCCCUAUAUUUCAUGCAUCAAGCAGGAGGAGGGGAGGAGCUGGAACGCACCUCCCAAGAUACUCCAAGGCAGGCCACGAGUUCAGCCACUCUUAGAAUGUAUAUAUGGACUAAAUAUCUCAAAAUACACCAGCUAUUGGAGACGCUGAUAGAUUGGUGUGAUGAAAAGGAACUUAAUUUGAUUUUAACAACUGGAGGAACAGGGUUUGCACCACGAGAUGUCACUCCAGAGGCCACUAAAGAAGUAAUAGAGCGAGAAGCCCCAGGGAUGGCCCUGGCAAUGUUGAUGGGAUCACUUAAUGUUACUCCUCUGGGCAUGCUUUCUAGACCUGUAUGUGGAAUUAGAGGGAAAACUCUCAUAAUUAAUCUGCCAGGUAGCAAGAAAGGAUCACAGGAAUGUUUUCAGUUUAUACUGCCAGCCCUACCUCACGCCAUUGAUCUUUUGCGGGAUGCCAUUGUAAAAGUAAAGGAGGUACAUGAUGAACUUGAAGAUCUACCUUCACCACCACCUCCUCUGUCUCCUCCUCCAACCACCAGCCCUCACAAGCAGACAGAAGACAAAGGAGUACAGUGUGAGGAAGAGGAGGAAGAGAAAAAGGACAGUGGAGUUGCGUCAACAGAGGACAGUUCCUCUUCACAUAUAACUGCAGCAGCCAUUGCAGCUAAGAAACAUCCAUCCUACACCAGUUCAGCUGUUAUCAUGGCAAAAGGUGAACAGCCCAUUCCUGGUCUCAUCAGUUAUUGCCAUCACGCAGCAGGCAGUGCAGGAGAACCGAUUCCAGAUUCCAUUAUCUCUCGUGGUGUUCAGGUGCUCCCACGUGAUACAGCUUCCCUCAGCACUACCCCUUCAGAAUCUCCUCGUGCCCAGGCCACCUCUCGUCUCUCCACUGCAUCCUGCCCAACACCAAAACAAAUUAGACGGCCGGAUGAAAGCAAAGGAGUUGCUAGUAGAGUUGGAUCCCUCAAAGUCCAGUCCAGGUGCAGCAGCAAGGAGAACAUCCUCAGAGCAAGUCACAGUGCUGUUGACAUUACCAAGGUAGCAAGAAGACACCGCAUGUCUCCAUUCCCAUUGACAUCUAUGGACAAGGCCUUCAUCACAGUUCUAGAGAUGACCCCAGUGCUUGGAACAGAAAUCAUCAAUUACAGAGAUGGAAUGGGCCGAGUCCUUGCUCAAGACGUAUAUGCAAAAGAUAACCUACCACCAUUUCCAGCAUCAGUAAAGGAUGGCUACGCUGUCAGAGCUGCUGAUGGCCCAGGGGAUCGAUUCAUCAUAGGGGAAUCCCAGGCUGGUGAGCAGCCAACUCAGACUGUGAUGCCUGGUCAGGUAAUGCGAGUUACAACAGGUGCUCCAAUCCCAUGUGGUGCUGAUGCAGUGGUGCAAGUGGAAGAUACAGAACUCAUCAGGGAAUCAGAUGAUGGCACUGAAGAACUAGAGGUUCGAAUCCUGGUGCAGGCUCGACCAGGCCAAGAUAUCAGACCUAUAGGACAUGACAUUAAAAGAGGUGAAUGUGUGCUGGCUAAAGGAACCCACAUGGGUCCAUCUGAGAUUGGUCUCUUAGCAACUGUUGGAGUAACAGAAGUAGAAGUUAACAAGUUUCCAGUGGUUGCAGUCAUGUCAACAGGGAAUGAGCUACUGAAUCCUGAAGACGACCUCUUACCAGGAAAGAUUCGAGACAGUAACCGUUCAACUCUUCUAGCUACAAUCCAAGAACAUGGCUAUCCAACAAUCAACUUGGGAAUUGUGGGAGAUAAGAAGCCAGAUGUUUUUAAAGAAGAAGGGACACAGAGCUUCCAGAACACUGCGGAGACAGGCCUACCAGAUUGCCCAGAUGAUUUACUGAAUGCACUGAAUGAGGGUAUCAGCCGUGCCGAUGUGAUCAUUACAUCAGGAGGUGUAUCUAUGGGAGAAAAGGACUAUCUUAAACAGGUGCUGGACAUUGAUCUUCAUGCACAGAUUCACUUUGGCAGAGUUUUUAUGAAACCAGGCCUGCCAACAACUUUUGCAACUCUGGAUAUUGAUGGCGUAAGAAAAAUAAUCUUUGCACUCCCAGGCAACCCUGUGUCAGCUGUUGUUACCUGCAAUCUCUUUGUUGUUCCUGCACUGAGGAAAAUGCAGGGUAUCCUGGAUCCUCGGCCCACCAUUAUCAAAGCCAGGUUAUCAUGUGAUGUAAAAUUGGACCCCCGCCCAGAAUACCAUCGGUGCAUACUGACUUGGCAUCACCAAGAACCACUACCUUGGGCACAGAGUACAGGGAAUCAGAUGAGUAGUCGUCUGAUGAGUAUGCGCAGUGCCAAUGGACUGUUGAUGCUACCUCCAAAGACAGAGCAGUAUGUGGAGCUUCACAAGGGGGAGGUGGUGGAUGUCAUGGUCAUUGGAAGGCUAUGAUGUCACCAGCAAGAGCGAAGCUUUGAUGCAUGUCCACAUAUCAUUGACUGUAUCCUGUAAUAUGCAACGGCACAGCUAGUUUUUCUGAUUUGGAUAAAAGUUGAUCAGUAUAGUCAACAUCUUGAACUAUAUUUCAAAUGGAAUUUAAAUAAAUACCUUUUAAAAAAAACUUUAAAAGCAAAUCUUAACAAAGAAAUUUAUUCUGAUUAUAUCAAAGCAACUUUUUCCUUUCCUUGCAAUUGCUUUGUGUGUUCAAUGCUAGUUCUAAUAGCGGUAGCUUUUAGUAGACAGCAGUAGGUGCCUGCAGAACUUGUGUUUUUUCUCAUCUUUAAGAUACAACUACUUAUGCUCUUAAAACAAGGCUGUCUGCUUAUUUAUACUAGCGUAGACAACACUUGGAUUUCCCUUAUUAGUAUGCUUCAUAACUGCUUCACAGAGAGCUUCUGCUUGUUCUUUAUCUUGUAUCUCGUGUUGAUGUGCACAGUGCCAAAAGCAGAGUGGCUGCACUGGGAACCCAAUGAAGCCCCGAGGUUUUCCCACCUCGCUGUGCAUUCAGGGAUCUCUCUUGUCCCAGCAGCCACCCAGCUCAGUACUCUUGGGCAGUAACUGGAUACCUUUUAUUUCAACAAACAAAAAAAAUUGCUUCCUUAAGUGCUGACAGCCUUUUUAACCAAUACAUUUAAAAAUGUACAGAACUAAAAACUAAAAAAAAAUCAAAGACUGAUCUUGUACAGAUAUUAGUGUUACCAGCAUUCGUGUGGAAAUUAAAUGAGCAAAGAAAUAAAACUAAUGUUAAACAACUCUGUACCAUAACAUUUUCUGUAAUGAUAUUGAAACUAAAUGAAUAAAAAAAAUCCUCAAUCAUUAUUUAAAAUUUCA